AUGGACCAGGUGACAGCAUGGCAGAUCAAGGGACGGGUUUCGGCCUACGUGGACGUGACAGCUGGCAUGCUCGCCAUGGAGCUGCAGGACCCAGUCCUCUGCCCAAUCCCACAAUCGCCUGCUGCAGUUGCCGGUGCUGCGUCUGGCUGUCACUCAGGUGAGAGGAAGGGGUGUGGAUGGUGGGAGUUGGACGAGGGGGAGGGGGGGGAGGGGGACGGGGAGAGGGGAGGGAUGGAAAGGGGCAGUGCAAAAAGUGGUAGUGGUGAGAACGUGGGGAGGCCCGGGAGGGGAGCAAGAGGAGAAGGAAGCGGGGAGGAGGAAGAGGAGGAGGAGGAAGAGGAGGAGGAAGAGGAGGAGAAAGGGGAUGCGGAAGGGAAAGGGGAAGGGGAAGGGGAGAAAGAAGGGCAAGGGCAUGGGGAUAGAAUGGAGUGUAUUGGUCAAGAGGAGGAAGGAUUAGGCGAGGAGACGCCUGUUGAUGGUGAGGAGGAGAAAGGAGAGAGAGGAGGAUGA